GCGAAAGCCUCGCUCUCCGUGACGUCCUGCCUGUGGCGCACGCACCGCGCAGAGCAGUUGCGCAUCCAGUGCGCGCACUCCAGCCUGCGAGCGAGCGGAGCGCGCAAACGCACCGAGGACGCGCGGGCACAGCUAUGGAUUUAUGAACACUAAAGACUUAAAAACUCGUCAGAAUCUGCUGCUUUUGUUUUUCUCCGCUUGGAAAUUAAUCCUCUCACCGCAAUUGUUGACGCUCUUCUGUAAUGCGCGUGACUGCGUGAUUGCGCGCGGCCCUUCGCGGCUUCUCCAUUAAGAAAACUAAAUAAAUCCGGGGUUUUUUUUUCGAGGCUGAACUGUUUUAACGAGACGGCGAACAUGCACAACGCCAGUGGCACGGACAUCUCCGAGCGCGCGGCGGACCUCGAGGCGCCCGGCAUAGGCGCGGACACUCUGGUCACGCUGCUUAUCUUCGGACUCAUCUUCACUCUGGGCGUGCUGGGCAACUCGCUGGUCAUCACGGUGCUGGCGAGGCGCAAGCCCGGGCAGCAGCGGAGCACCACUAACGUCUUCAUCCUCAACCUGAGCAUCGCUGACCUCUCCUACCUGCUCUUCUGCAUCCCCUUCCAGUCCACCGUCUACAUGCUGCCCACGUGGGUCUUCGGCGAGUUCAUCUGCAAGUUCAUCCACUACUUCUUCACCGUCUCCAUGCUGGUCAGCAUCUUCACGCUGUCCGCGAUGUCCGUGGACCGCUACGUGGCCAUCGUGCACUGCCGAAAGUCCUCGUCCAUACGGGUGGUGCGGCACGCGCUGCUCGGGGUGGCCGUCAUUUGGGUGCUGUCGCUGGCCAUGGCCGUGCCGGUGGCGCUCUAUCAGAGCAUCGUGGAGAGCCAGGAUAACAGCACGUACUGCUGGGAAGUGUGGCCGGAUAACCACCGCAGGAAGAUCUACGUGGUUUUCACCUUCGUCUUCGGAUACCUGCUGCCUCUCAUCCUCAUCUCCUUCUGUUACGCAAAGGUGCUGAAUCACCUUCAUAAAAAGCUGAGAAACGUAUCAAAGAAGUCGGAGGCAUCGAAAAAGAAGACUGCACAGACAGUGCUAGUGGUGGUGGUGGUCUUCUGCCUGUCCUGGCUGCCUCAUCACGUGGUGCAUCUCUGGGUAGAGUUCGGCUCCUUCCCCCUCAACCAGGCGUCUUUCCUUUUCCGUGUGACCGCCCACUGCCUGGCCUACAGCAACUCCUCCGUGAACCCGAUCAUAUACGCCUUCCUCUCUGAGAACUUCAGGCAGGCCUACAAGCAGGUGUUCCGCUGCCAGACAGCCAGCGAGUGCCCAGUACACGAUGCCCGCGAGAUGAGGAACAAGAUGGAGAUGGUGCCCUCAACCAACUGCACCACAGUUUAACUGCCCCCAGCUGCUGUACAUUAGCUGAUGGCUUGGGCUUAUAGCAGUGAAGCUUGGCUGCUUGGAGCGCAGCAUAGCUUUCGCUCAGGUGUGAAGUGGAGAAGCCAAUGCUUUUUCUGUAGCCUUGCAAUGAAGCAUGUUAUCAUUCUGUUACCAGCAGCAACCUAUAGCCUGUAGCCACUAAUGGAACCAAGAAAUGACCACUUGACUUACUCUAGAGAGCAGUGUGAAAAGCUCAGGUGAGAUAUGCUGUUAUACAUUGUGAACUGGUUGGAUGUAGACGUGCUAGUGUCAUGUGUUUACUUUAAAAUCGCGAUGUGUACACUUGCUUCUUUGGAUCAGUGUCAUAGAAGAACUGCUUUUGGCUUCUAACAGAGAAUUCAACAUUAGGGGGCUGGUACUCAGCACUAAUCUGUGAUUGAUUUCCCUGCUUAAAAACACCUAAUUCAACUCGUCUGUUAUUUAUCAGGUUUGGUGGGUGUGCUUGAGGAAGGGAAUUGCUGAAAAAGGGCUGGACACCAGCCCUCCAGGACCAGAAUUGAAUAUCCCUGCCAUGGAAGAACCACUUUUGGUUUCCCACACUUUCAGAAAGAAGGUAUUAAACUGUGACUGGGAUUGCUCCCACAAGGGUACAUCUUCAGCAAAUUUUUAUAAGGGAUCAUAACUGUAACAUAAUCCAUUGCAAUUAUAUUUUAUAGGUUUGAUUAAGUCCGCACAACUGGUCAUAUCUCUAGGAUUUUUUUUUAUUGCUCUGUUUUGAAACAUUAGGUUAUGACCAGGUACAAAUAGUACUUUCUGAGCCAAAACAGAACAUCACUGUCCAAAAUAAAACAUGCAUCUCAGUUUUCAUUAUUUUUCUGAAUUAUUUGAGCAUGACAGUUGUCCUUUAUAUUGCAUGGCAAUUUCAUGAUGAAUGGACCAACGGAAAUGUUCCGAAAUUGCUUGGAAUAAAAUCUCUUCACAUUAACUUACAUUGAAAGUAGAGAAUGUUUUUGUCCUCUACUGUCAAGUUACUAUUUUGGAGAGGCCUGUUUUUUUUUUUAACAUUUACAGUGUUUGUAUCUUGAUGAACAAGAAUAUAUAUCUGCACAGUGCCUAUUUCUGACACUGUAAGGAACCUCUCAAUGGACGUAAUGCCAUAGAAUUGUGGUAUUUAUCUCUCGUCUUAGUCUCCAAGCUGUACACUAUUGGAAAUAAAGGUUCUAUGCAGGUCCAUGUUUUCUUCAUCAAUGUACAAACAAUGUAAAAGUUCUCUUAAAGGUACAACAGUGGUUUUAACGCCCAACUGUG